CUCAAAGCAGAAUCCUCCACGGCGCAUGAGGACGAUUUUUUCAUAUAGAAGUGGCAAUUCAAGCCUGACCCGCUCUCCGAUAUGAAUAGUGAGAUUCUCAAAGGGAACUGCCAUCAAGUGAUUCAGGUGAACGUAUCGUAAUGUCUCCAAUGUCGGAGGACAUGGGCCAGAACAGCCGAUACGUGCCAAAUACUUCUGAACAUCCAUUGUUUUGCAAAGAUCGCCGUGAUGCCUCCUCCUGAAACAAUGUACUGCGCCCAGCAGAUCAACAUCCCUCCAGAGCUGCCUAAUAUUUUAAAGCAAUUCACAAAAGCUGCAAUUAAGACACAGCCACAUGAUGUGCUGCAAUGGGCAGCUGACUAUUUUUCAGCAUUAUCAAAAGGUCAGGGUCUACCAGUCAAGGAGAAGCUGGAAAUGCCAGUGGCAACUCAGAAAACAGACACAGGACUUACACCAGGCCUUCUAAAGAUCCUUCAUCAACAGCUCACAUCUAAAGAAAUCAUUACAAAAGAGGAGCUCCUUUUGAAGUGGAAAGAUCUGUGCUUGCCAAUCGAACAGCUUGACACAAUCCUCGCCCUUGGAAACUUCAGUGAAAAUAUCAAUUGGAUGCAGUUUUUUGCUCUAGGAUGCAGUGCUUUGGGUGGGACCAUCAUGAGUGCUUUGAAACAUGCAUGUGAAAUACUCACAGAGGACCCUGAGGGUGGUGCAGCCCAGAUUCCUUUCGACACAUUUCAGAGGCUGUACACAUACUUGGCCCAUCUGGAUGGAGAAAUUCCUGAAGAACAGAUCGACAGCUUCUUGCACCAUUUAGAGGAAGAAUGCCAAGGAGGAAUGGUGCAACCUUCAAAUUUUACAAGCUUCCGAAGCGCUGAGGAGUAGAAUCCAGUACAGAUGGUCCUCAGGUGGCAAUAUCUUACAACACGCUCAAAAAUAUUGAUCCUAGUUACUGUGUCCUGCGUUUGCCCUCUUUAUUCUGUAUGUUGUGAUGUGAUUGGAUUAUUUAACCAAAAUAAAUCCUCAAAACUA